ACAUAGUUAAAGGAGUUUACCGGAAAGACAAGUCUGGUGCUUUAGAAGUUCAGUCGAAGUCAGUGAGGUCACUCGCGAUUGUCUAAUCAAAGCAACAGUUUUAAUUAUGAUUUUUAAUUGAGAGGAAUAUAUUAAUUUUGACGCCGAGUGCGCGUCGUUGGAUCCGCAGCGUUGGGAUGCAAUUACAAGUUGAUUAACCUGUUUCGGGAUAUCGAUGUCAAUAACUCUAGAUAUGGAGGAGUCCGGUGACUUGUAUGAUGUGCGUGAGACCAAUGACCCCUCUUCUUGGGAGGACCAGCACCACCAGUGUCUGCAAGACGUGGCAAAAGUGGAGCGCCUCAGGAGGAAGAUCAAGUAUUACUUCAUGAACCCCUGCGAGAAAUACCACGCUCGUGGACGUAAACCAUGGAAACUCAUACUGCAGAUCAUCAAAAUCGCCAUUAUUACCAUCCAGCUGGUUUUAUUUGGGCUAAGCAACCAGAUGGUUGUCACUUUCAAGGAUGAAAAUCUGAUGACGUUCAAGCACCUCUUCUUGAAAGACUAUGUGGACGGAGGCAUAGCUCCGUAUGCUCUUUACAGACAGGCGGAUGUUUAUGAUCACAUUGAGUACGUCAUUCAACAGUAUCGGCUUCUGCACAACAUCACAUUAAGCAAUCAUGAAUAUGAGGAAAAGCACAGUGUCUACACCCCGCUGUUACUGUGUCAGGAGUUCUACAGGAACGGGACCAUCUACCCUUCAAAUGAGACCUUUGAAAUUGAUGCUCAUGUGGACACUGAGUGCCUCAGAGUUUAUCCCCAGCCAGUACACGAAGCGCUUCCACAUUUUAAAUUGGAUUUCAUAAGGUUAAUAUCUGUCAAGAUUACAUUUGUUCUCAAGGCAAUAAAUUUGCAGACAGUGAGACAUCGAGAGCUGCCAGAUUGCUACGACUUCACUCUUAUCAUCACUUUCAACAACCAAGCUCACAGUGGCCAGAUAAAGGUUGAUUUGGAAAACGAAGUAGACAUCAAUGAAUGCAGGCAAUGGAAAGUAACUGGAGCAUAUGGUAGAAGCAUAUACCUGACUGUGCUGUUUGACUGCCUCAUCAUUAUAAUGUGCAUCAUCUCCUUUGCCCUGUGCACGCGCUCGGUGAUCACUGGGAUUCAGCUGCAGCUCGAGUACAGCCGUUACUGCAGGAAACACUUCAGCAAAGAGCUGUCGUGGUCUGACAAGUUAGAGUUUGUGAACAGCUGGUAUAUCCUUAUUAUCGUCAGCGACACACUGACUAUCAUUGGUUCCCUUCUCAAGAUAGCGAUCCAAACAAAGGUGCUCACCAGCUAUGAUGUGUGCAGCAUCUUCCUUGGCACAGGCACCAUGUUUGUCUGGAUGGGGGUGAUCCGUUAUAUGGGAUACUUCAAGAAGUAUAAUAUCCUCAUCCUGACACUCCGGGCAGCUUUCCCAAAUGUUAUUCGUUUCAUCUGCUGCGCGGGAAUCAUUUACCUGAGUUACUGUUUUUGUGGCUGGAUUGUCCUAGGCCCGUAUCAUGAGAAGUUCCGGACGUUGAACACUGUGUCAGAGUGUCUGUUCUCGCUGAUCAAUGGAGACGACAUGUUUCCCACUUUUAAGAACAUGCAGCAGAAGAACAGCCUGGUGUGGAUGUUCAGCAGGGUCUACCUCUACACCUUCGUGUCACUCUUUAUCUACAUGAUCCUCAGCCUUUUCAUCACACUCAUCACUGACACCUAUGACACCAUCAAGCAACAGCAGCAGAGUGGAACCCCAACAUCAGAGCUGCAGAGAUUCUUGUCAGAAUGUAAAGACCUGCCAAACUCUGGGGCAUACAGACUUGACAAGAACAAUAGCUGUUUCCUAAACUGCUUCAACAACAGAUGCAGGAAGUAUCGAACUCAAGAGAGGCUGACUUCAGAGGCGUGACAUGAUUUCAUUGUGGAAACGCAUUAAAAAUUAUAAUUAAUGUGCACUUUAUCCUGUUAUAGUCAGCUACAGGGAUUUUUUUAACCUGACUGAACCCAUCUGGUUAGAAGUGAAGCACUGUGAUGCACUUC